AUGAAAUAUAAAUCGGCAACUCAAAUUUGGCUGAUGACUGAACAACAGAAAUGUGCACAAGCUUCUUUACGAAUUUCGUGGAUACUCGGUAAACAUAUGAAGCCAUUUACAGAUGCUGAUAUUGUUAAAGAAUGUAUGCUUCAAUCUGGAAAUAAACUAUUUAAAAAAAAUUAUGAAAACAGUAAUGAGUAUUGUUAUUUUUAUACGUGCAAAAUCUUCACUCCAGCACAGACUAAGAUGUUGGUAAUGAACGUUUACAAUUUCCUAACUCGAAAAAAGUUGUUGAUGAAAAAGAUGAGAUUGAUAUCAGAAAUUUUACGACGUCUUUGGAUAGUUUAA